GCAGCCGCUGCCGCCGCUCCACGCGCUGCUGCUGCACAGAUACCCGUACGUGGCGACGCGGCGCGUGCUGCCGUGGCGCGACCUGCGCGCACAAGCGCUCAUCGUCGACGUCACCGAGGAGGACGUGAAGGCUUUCAAGAACUUCGUCGAUCCGCUGCCGGUCGCAGGCGACGAUUUAAUACUUCUCGGAGCGAUGCGACUGACCACAGCGAUAGAGGAGCCGCCGCCGCCCGUCAAGCCCGAACCGGUCGCAACGCCCGCCCGCCCCAAGCAAACACACACAAGUCAAAGAACCAACACUAAUGAUAAAACAACGCAGCAAACACAGGACGUUUUCCAAUCACUAGUUCAAAAUAUCAAAGAUGACUUACUAGAUAGUCAAAGUUCGAUGAGCGACAGUCUCUCGGCGCUAGAAUCGAUAGACCCGCGACUCGCAUCCACAAGUAUCAUAUUCGAAAGCGACUCGGACAUGGAAACAAAAUCGCCAGAAAUGGAUACAGAAGACGAUUGCCAGAUCAUAGAGAACACUGUUGAAAUAUGCGAACUGAGCGAUUCCGGCGAUGAGUUAGAUUUGAAAACCGAAGAUUGUGUAAAUAAUUCUGAAGUAAAAUGUGAAAAUAAUUCAGAGAUAACUAAGACUGAGGAUGUUGAAGAAAGUUCCAAGGACGCUAUGAAUGAUGACCCCAAACUUAAAAUGAUUCCAUGUGUAACACUCGUGAGGUGGGACGGGCGAGCGCAGAGCGUGCGGUCUGAGAGGCCACAAACUUUGAUACAAGAGGACAUUUCAGGGUUAAACGAAGUGGAGACUGACAAGGGCAGCGUCCCGGAGUCGGACGCGCCCCAGGACAGGCUGACGCGGCCCUGGGGGUACAAGGGACCCCUGCAGGGAAGGGUCGAGGACCUCAGGUGGCUGUGCACGCCUGUAUCUAUCUUUGUAGAGAAGCUGCCCAAAGAAGUUUUGAACAACGUGGACGCCGAGGACGAAGGCGCGGACGCUCCGGACGGCUGUGACGCCCCGGACGGCUCGGACGGCCCGGACGGCUCGGACGCUGGGGACAGCCCGGCGCGGCCCGUGCAGCUGCCCGACCUGGAGCAGGUGCGGCGCCGCCACCAGCGCCAGCUCGUCGCGCAGGUGGCGCCGCUGCAGCACGACGCCGAAGCCAAGACGCCAUCGCGGACCAGCGAACGGACGGACUCCUUAGAGUCUUCGAUCGGAAGCAACAAAUCGAAUUCGCCGUUGCUGGAAGAUUUCGGCUUAUUCACGCAGCUGCCUAAAGAAGAAGAUUCCGACGACCUACUCUCCGAGGAACAGCUCCAUAUGAUGUUGAAUCAAUCUCAGCCGUCGGCCCCCGAGCGCAUCUCGUACUGCUGCCUGGCGCGCCGCGACCGCGCCUACAACGAGGCGCGCCACCGCCACCGCCUCAUCGCCACCACCACCCGCCUGCUCCAAGAGAAGGACAUUCACGACGCCAAGCACGGCGGGCCGCCGUACGGCUGCGGCUGCUGCUGCCUGCACCUGCUGGCGCUGGCCCCGCCGCGCCUGGCGCAGCGCCAGCACGAGCUGCUCAAGAGCGUCGAAGCGCUCCUGCGCCGGAAGGAUAAUCCACCAGAAAAAGCCCAUUCAAGUAACAGUGAACAAUCAAAGAGGCCGCGUGGUUCGCGCAGUUCCACCGAAGACGAGCGCCUCGUGAUAGACAUCGCGGAGGUUGAAAAACAAACGCCUGUCAGUAGAAAACGAAGCAAAUCUGUCGCCGAGUCCAAAAAGAAGAGGCCAAAGUCAAAAGCAGGGAAACGGAGAAAAAAGAUCAAAAAGACAAACAAAAAAGAUAUCAACGUGGAGCAAAAUAAAAAAGAUGUCGAAGCGGAGCAACAACAAAACAAAAACGAUGACAAAGAAAUUGAAGCGGAACAACAGAACAAAGAAAAGCAACAAAAGAAUAACGAUUACAAGGAGUGGAUGAGGCAGAAGAAUUCGCACAGGAGGUUCUUCGAGCUGCGCGGGAGCGGCAAGGACAAAAGCAAGAAGAGAGCGGCCGACCACACCUACGCCCUCGACGAGGCUAAAAAAAAAGCCGGAGACGAGUCCAAUGCGCUUCACAGCAGCGACAAUGCAACCGCCAACGCAACUGCCAUCGCAACCGCCAACGCAACCGCCAACGCAACCGCCAACGCAACCGCCAACGCAGCCGCCAGCGCAGCGCCGGCUGAAGAGUCUCAAAGCGUUUCUAGUCAGGAACCAACUCCGAUCGCGGCAUCCGUCGAGUCCGUAUCCCCGCUCCCUUUGAACCCGAUAAUAACGCACGUGGCCAGUCAAGCGCCGCCUCAGAACCAGAUCGUGGUGGUGGGCUCGACGCUGCUGGUGCCGCCGCUCGUGCCGCUCCCAGACACCGGCAGCAGCUACUACAUGAUCUACCAGGAGCCCAGCACCAGCGCCGUCCGCUCGGCCCCGACCAUGGCCAUCGUACCGGUGGCGGUCGACCUGCAAACGCCGCAGGCGCAGCCCGCCGACCCGACCCCUGAAAUCACUGAGCCUCGAGCGAAGACCGAAGGGCAGACGAUCUUCCGCGAGGACUUCAGGCAGCAGAUGGUGAAGAAUCUGUCUCUGCUGUGUGGAGGGGGGGUCACGGAAGUCGUCAAAGACGAUGAGGAGAGAUCGCUUCCGAAACCCGACGAGGAACCGUCGACGAGUGAACGAGCGCGGUCGCCGAGGAUCUUCGACGAGCUGCCGUCGUCGUCGAAGAGCACCGACGAUUUCCGCAGAAUAGCGCCCGCGCUUUUCAACAUGGCCGCCGUCAGCCACGCGGCCGCGGCGCCCAGCGCGCCCGUCGAUGACGACGACGACGACUGCGUCAUCACCUCCGCGCCGCCCAAGAAGAUCAUCAUCCGGACGAAGAAAAUACCGGCGGCGCGCGUGCAGUUCCUGAUGCCGUCGGCGUUAGCGCGGGAGCCGGCGCGCCACGUGUCCUCCUUCGCGCGCGGCGCCGCCUUCGCGCUGCUGCGGCUCGACCAGCGCCGGCCGCUGUGGGCGCCCGCCGGCCGGCUCGUGCUGACGGACGCCGCCGUCGCCUGCCACCACAUCCGGUACGACACUAGCCCGGGACCGGCGCCACGUGUCGCUGCUGCGGCUCGACCGGCGCCGGCCGCUGUGGGCGCCCGCCGGCCGGCUCCCCGGGACCGGCGCCACGUGUCGCUGCUGCGGCUCGACCGGCGCCGGCCGCUGUGGGCGCCCGCCGGCCGGCUCGUGCUGACGGACGCCGCCGUCGCCUGCCACCACAUCCGGUACGACACUAGCCCGGGACCGGCGCCACGUGUCGCUGCUGCGGCUCGACCGGCGCCGGCCGCUGUGGGCGCCCGCCGGCCGGCUCCCCGGGACCGGCGCCACGUGUCGCUGCUGCGGCUCGACCGGCGCCGGCCGCUGUGGGCGCCCGCCGGCCGGCUCGUGCUGACGGACGCCGCCGUCGCCUGCCACCACAUCCGGUACGACACUAGCCCGGGACCGGCGCCACGUGUCGCUGCUGCGGCUCGACCGGCGCCGGCCGCUGUGGGCGCCCGCCGGCCGGCUCCCCGGGACCGGCGCCACGUGUCGCUGCUGCGGCUCGACCGGCGCCGGCCGCUGUGGGCGCCCGCCGGCCGGCUCGUGCUGACGGACGCCGCCGUCGCCUGCCACCACAUCCGGUACGACACUAGCCCGGGACCGGCGCCACGUGUCGCUGCUGCGGCUCGACCGGCGCCGGCCGCUGUGGGCGCCCGCCGGCCGGCUCCCCGGGACCGGCGCCACGUGUCGCUGCUGCGGCUCGACCGGCGCCGGCCGCUGUGGGCGCCCGCCGGCCGGCUCGUGCUGACGGACGCCGCCGUCGCCUGCCACCACAUCCGGUACGACACUAGCCCGGGACCGGCGCCACGUGUCGCUGCUGCGGCUCGACCGGCGCCGGCCGCUGUGGGCGCCCGCCGGCCGGCUCCCCGGGACCGGCGCCACGUGUCGCUGCUGCGGCUCGACCGGCGCCGGCCGCUGUGGGCGCCCGCCGGCCGGCUCGUGCUGACGGACGCCGCCGUCGCCUGCCACCACAUCCGGUACUACGUGAUCAACUGCAAGACGUACAACCGGCCGGUGCCGGUCCACUUCGAGAAGGCGCGCAUCAAAGUGCGCGAUUUUGCGCGCGCUCCGGACGCGCCGGCCCCGGACGCGUCCGAGCCGGACACGGCGGCGCCGGACGCGUCCGCACCGGACACGUCUGCGCCGAACAAGGACACUUCGGUCUACGCGGAGGACGUGCUGGCCGACUCGAAACUCUACAAGAAGCUGUCGUGCGACCUGCCAGUGUACGCGUCGGUGCUGACGGCGCUGACGGACGCGGCGUCGGGCAUGCUGCUGCUGGAGGCAGGGCUGGCGCUGCGCCUGUACAGCCCCACCACCGACGCGGUGACAACCCUGGACGCGAGGGAGCGCGCCAUCCGCUGCCCGCACCCCGCGCUCGCGCAACUCCUGGUCAACAGUUUCAACGAGCUCUCCCCCAAUCCUGCCUGGACAGUGGACCCAAGUGUUGUAAUGUAAAAGUUUAGUUUUUAUUCUUAACAAUAAUACUAAUAGUCGUGGUCAUCAUUGAUAUUAUGACGAGAAAAUUGUCAAAAAUGAAAUGUUUCGUUACAUUGAC